ACAGGUUAUGACGUCUUGAAUAAUACACCAGAAUCUCUUCUAAAUUUGAUCAAAACUUUAAUUUAGAUAAGUUUUAAAAAUAAACCACAUUAGUUACGUUAUAUUUAUUCAUUACUUACUUUCAGUAAUUUGAUUUUCCUUAUGAAUUUUAUUCUUAAUAAUCAUAACUGUCGUUUUUUCUAUGUAAAAUGCAUCGCAAUAGAAAAAAUAUGUGCUGUAGAUUCUGUUUCUGUAAUCUUUGGUAUGAACAUACAUAUAUUAAAUGUGCAAACAGUGCAUGUGCUGAAGUAGGAAUCAAUUUAUGCCUUCGAUGUUUUGCUACUGGUACUAAAGAUGAUAUUCACAGUAAUACCGAUCCAUAUAAUGUGUUAUGUAAUGCUAUACAGCUGGAUGAAUGUUUAUGGCCAGCUCACAAAGAAAUUCUUUUACUUGAUACAUUUUCAGAAACAAUGAGUUGGGAAAAAGUUUCACAAAAACUUGGGUGUUCUCCUAAACAAUGUAAGCAACAUUACUUUGAACAUUUUGUGUUGUACCCCAAAAUUAAAGAUUUGGAAAUUGUUAAUCAAGAAGCAUUUCGUAAUAACAUAAAUGAUGUUAUUAAUGAACAAGUAAUGUUCUUUGAAACAACUGCUGAUUCAGGCGAAGAAUCAUAUCACCAAUAUGAAAUUGCAAUGCGACUAGCUGGUUAUCAACCAUUACGAGGUGAAUUUGAUGAAGAAUACGAUGAUCAAGCAGAAUGUAUUCUUCAGCUACUAAAUGAACCUAUAUGGGUUGAUGAAUCAACUAAAGAACUUUUGGAAUCAAAUCUAUAUAAAAAGUUAAAUAGAACUAUUGUAGAUAUUUUUAAUGAGAGGCUACAAGAACGAUAUAGACGUCGAAAAGUUGUAAAGGACUAUGGUCUUAUUUCAUUUAGUAAACAUCAGUUGUGGAUUAAGUCUAUAGAGGUUAUCUUGGGUCCAGAAAUGAUACAAAGACUUAUUCGAUUUUUACAUCUCAUUAAACCACUUGCAUUUGAUCUACUUAUUACCAAUUUGAAACAAGAACAUAAUAUAUUAGCCCGAAUUCAUAAACUUAUUGAAUAUCGAAAGAAUGGACUUACCAAAAAUGCUUACAUUAGUAUUUAUGAAGAAUUAAAUUCUAAACGUGAAGAAACUUUAAAUAAUAGACCAUCUUCAUCAACUUUUGUUGAAAAUACAAAGUCUCGUAUUAAUGUAUGUAAUUUACCAGGUUUUCAAAAAUUAGAUGAAAGUGAAAGAGAGCUUUGUACUCAAACAAAAAUGUUACCUGAGUCAUAUUUAAAAUUUAAAGAAUUACUUAUUAAUGAGUGUGAAAAAUCUAAAGGAAUAAACUUGAAAACUGCUAGAAGUUUAAUUAAAAUUGAUGUCAAUAAGACAAGAAAAAUUUAUAACUUAUUAAUGGAAAAAAAUAUAAUUUGGCAAUUCUGAGGUGAUCUCUAUGUAGUAUAGAAUAUAAAAUAAUCUUAUGUUGUUAAUAAUCCUAAUAUAAUGUGAAUUAAAAAUAAUUUUUUUCUAUUA